AUGUCUGUUGAACAAGCAAAUUAUUGGUACCCUUCUCAACAAGGAGAACAAAAUGAAAUUUUACCUAAAUUAAAGAAAAAUAUUAUUCAUCCAUCUCCUCUUGUUAUUUUCUUAGAACAAACUCCUAAGUUAUUAUUUUUCACUUGUGUUGCUUUAUAUGCUUCUUUCGUUGCUUCUUUAUUCAAAAAUGCUCCACUAUUUGAUGAACAAAAUAUUAUUCCAUUAGUUGUUACUGUUAUCUCAUGUAUUAUUGGGGUUGCUUUUACAAUGUAUUAUUUUGUUUCUGAUAAGCACGUAUAUUUACUUGAUUUUACAGUUGCAGAACUUGGUCCUGAAUAUGAAAGCACUGCAGAAGAAUGUCUUGGUCCUAUAGCAAAUGUUUUAGAUAAAGAAUGUUCAGAUUUUGUAAUUAGAGUAGCUAAAGUAACAGGAUUAGGUCAACAUACACAUCUUCCAAAGAUGUACCAUGGAGAAAAAUAUGUCCCAAAGUCAAUGGCACUUGCUCGUGAAGAAGUAGAAACUGUAAUGAAAGCUUGUUGUGAUAAAUUAUUUGAACAAACUAAGAUUGAUCCUACAAAAGACGUAGAUUGUGUUAUUACUAACUGUUCUAUAUUCAACCCAACUCCAUCAAUAGGUGCUAUGUUAAUGAAUAAAUACAAAAUGAAACAAACAUGUAAAAAUUGGCAUCUUGGAGGAAUGGGAUGUUCUGCAGGUGUUAUAUCAUGCGAUUUAGCUAAAGACUUCUUAUGCAGUCAUCCUAAUAGCACAGUUUUAGUAUUCUCCACAGAAAAUAUUACUGCACCCACAUAUGUUGGUUCAGAUAAAUCUAAACUAAUGUUUUUCACUUUAUUUAGAUCUGGUGGAGCUGCUAUUCUUUUAACUAAUAAGAAGUCAUUAAUCAAAAAAUGUAAGUAUGAAAUGGAAGAAACAGUUAGAAUUCACAAUGCUAUUGAUGAUAAUGCUUAUAAAGUUAUUUUUCAUGAUGAAGAUGAGACUGGUUCAGAUGGAGUUUCUAUAGGAAGAACAUUAAUUAAUUAUAUAUCAGAUGUUAUUGAUGAAAAUGUAAAAAUACUAUUUCCUAAAUAUCUUCCACUUUUCUCUAAGAUAGCAUAUUCAGUAAAAAAAUUCUUUGCUAAAGAAAAUGAAGAAGUUACAUGUAAUUUAGAUGUAAGAAAAGCUUUUCAAGGGUUUUGUAUUCAUGCUGGUGGAAGAGGGGUUAUUGAUGCAGUUCAAAAGAAAUUUAAUUUGACUGAUGAAGAUUGUAUGCCAUCUCGUGCAGGAUUAUGUCGUUUUGGUAAUACAUCAUCAGCAUCAAUUUGGUAUGAAUUUAUGUUUCUUGAAAGAUGCGAAUUAUUACAAAAGAAUGAUAGAGUAUUUCAACUAGCAUUUGGUUCAGGAGUUAAAGCUAAUUCCUGUGUUUGGAGAAAAUUAAAUUAA